CACCCUAUUCAUUUAAUGAACGGGCGAAGUUGAAAGCAUUGAUAAUAAUAGAGAGGAAAAAAUACUGCAACACACCCAAUUGACGCUUGCUCCUUUCGUUUUCGUCUCCAAAAUAUUUGAAAAUUUCAGUGUGUGCAUUUUUCAAAAUUUGGAGGGUCUCUUCCCUUUAAAAUUUCGCGCUCCAAGUUUAUGGACUCAGUGGCCAUGGCUUCUGGAGCUGAGGAGGGGGAGGACUGGGAGCUCCGCCAUGAUGACGAUGGCUUUACCUACAAGAUCCUCAAGCGCCGUCGUCUCCUCGACUCAACUGCCGCUGCUCAACCUCCUCUGCCGGACCCCAUGGCCGAUGAGAGGCAUCGGAGACAACGAAAGAGAAAGAUCCUUUUGAAGUUAAAAAGUCGGUACCAAAAGGAGAUCGACCAGUGGGAACUUUUGUCGAGCAACUUGCAUGCGAUGCAAGAGAGAGCGAACCAGCAACUUGAAUUGCAAACACGUCAGCAAGAUGUGCGAGAAAUGGCGUCGUCUUCUUUGGGAUCGCCUUCGACAAACAUGGAGGGAUCUUCUGAGUCACUAAUCGAUAAACUCCUUUCGCAGGCAGAGGAACAAGAAGCGGUAAUCCAUGAUGUGUCAUGCUUAUGUGAUAUAGCAGAAGCAAUGUGCAAUGCUCAACAGGAGUGGUUGGCACAAUCAUAUAUUGAUCUCCCAGUUUGGUCUUCACCUCGUAAGCUUAUGGCAUCACUUUGUGAUGAGUAAGUUUGUUUGAAGUAAUUAUCAUCAUGUCUCUUGAAGGAAACUUGUAAAGUAGUGUCUUGCAAUAGUUUAAUUCUUAUUUAGCUGAAUAGUGAUGUGAAUGCUUGUAGAAGAUUUGAUUGUAAUCUGUUUUGUUGUAGAUUUCUUCCUUUGAAUGAAAGUUCAAAGUUUUUAUA